GAUACACGACCGCUCCCGAAUCGCAACGAAUCCUGUCCGAUUACGUUUUGAGUCAAAGAAAGAGUGUCAGAGCUGGCAGUCGCGAUUACUCAACGCGUAGUGCAUCUUUGCUCUUUCCCCGUAGCCUGCAGAUAUCGCCGUUUCGCGCCAUGGGUUCGAACACCGCAGCUUCCGGAGACGACAUGUCUGUGUUCGACCCGGUGCAAGUGGCGCCCCCUCUGGAUAUGUGGAAAGUGAGGACGGAGUUCAUGCAAGAUAAGAGCGAGAACAAAGUCGAUCUCGGCAUUGGAGCUUACAGGAACAAUGAAGGCAAGCCAUGGGUGUUACCAGUGGUGAAAAGAACAGAAGAGAAAGUAGUGACCGAUGAAAACCUGAACCAUGAAUAUCUGAUGAUUCUUGGGAUGGAUUCACUCAGCUCUUCUGCCACUAAACUGUUGCUGGGUGAAAAGUCAAGGGCUAUUCUCGAAAACCGGGCCUUUGGUGUGCAUUCUCUCAGUGGGACAGGAUCACUGAGAAUUGGAGCAGAGUUCCUAUCAAAAAUACUAAACUACAAGACUGCUUAUGUUUCCAUACCAGCAUGGGAUAACCAUGAAAAAAUUCUACACAACUCUGGAUUCAAUGAGAUACGGCAGUACCGGUACUGGGACCCAGCAACAAGAUCCCUGGAUAUUGAUGGACUGAUAAAUGAUCUUUCUACUGCACCAGAAAAUUCUGUCAUUAUCUUGCACAUGUGUGCUCAUAAUCCAACAGGCUGUGAUCCCACAAAGGAACAGUGGACCAGAAUUGCCGACGUCAUGCAAGAGAGGAAGCUAUUCCCUUACUUUGAUGCAGCUUAUCUUGGCUUUGCAUCUGGGGACCUGGAUGAAGAUGCUUGGCCUGUUAGACAUUUUGAAGAGAGAGGUUUUGAACUGUUUUGUGCACAAUCAUUUUCAAAGAAUUUUGGCCUAUACAGUGAAAGGGUUGGGAAUCUAGCAAUUGUAGUCAAAAAACCACAAGACAAAUUUAAAAUACAGUCCCAGUUCAAUGCUAUCAUAAGACCUAUAUAUCAGAGCCCUCCGGCUCAUGGAGCUCGAGUGGUUAAUCACAUCCUUAAUGACCCAGUCCUCCGCAAUGAGUGGAAAGACUGUUUGAAGAUCAUGACAACACGAAUAAAGAACAUGAGGUCAGAGCUGAAAUUGGCUCUAGAAAGACUACAGACACCAGGUACCUGGAGCCAUAUAACAGAACACAAAGGACUGUUCUCAUACACAGGCCUCACAGCCCAGCAAGUUGAAUAUUUGAAGACUAGAUGGCACAUUUACCUCUACAGCAGUGGAAGAGCAAAUAUGUGUGGUUUAAACACAAAAAACAUAGAUUAUGUUGCGAAAGCAUUUGAUGAUACUAUCAGAAAUGUGACUCAGUAGAACCCUCAGGAGUUACAAACUACACAAAUGGUGUUACAUCCAUACUACACCAAGAAGAUGUGAAAAUAAGUAAACAACAUAAAAUGAAAUUUGAAUAAAAUAUCAAUCAUGAACACAA